UCACUACUUUUACUGGUGGCAGGUUGCCCUAGCUACUUGCCUCCAUAUUUUCCAGUAAACUCCAAGGUUAACUCUGUGCAAUAAAUUGGGAAUCCAUCUGGGCCAGUUGCCCCGUGUCCACAUUUUCCCAGGUGGCCACCACUGGAAGACUGGAAUCCCCUCUCUUUGAGCACAGGUGCGCUCCGAGGAUUUUACCGCCAGCUCCAGCCGGGGCCCGCUGGGGUUUAUUUGAAGCAUGCAAGAGAACAAUGUGAACCAGCCUACAUCAUUGUCUCAGCUCUUGAGAGAGAACUACUUGGCCGAAGCGAGGGCGCACCAGAGACACAGCGGCAUGAGCCGUUCCGACUCCUCGUGGCACCUGGUCUAUGUGCUCAAAGGCAAGGCGGAGGACUCCGCGGGGCAGGACAAGCCCCAACCCCAGAUCCCAGACCUCUCAGCCUUCCUGAACCAGGAAGAACUGGAUAAGAGUGUCAACCUGGCCUGUCAGGCUAUCGGGCACGAGGCCGGCGAGGAGAGGACAGAGUUCAAGGCCCCGGUCACCCCUUCUGUCACCUCCACUGCAUCCAACACUCCCGACACCCAUGCAAUAUUUUUCCCAGAGAGACGGUCAUUCUCACCUCUGUCCAUACCGGACAAUGUGAUAAGGAUAGACAAACAGAUAUAUCAGCCAUCUCAAAUGUCCAUUCAGGACAACGCAAUAAGGACCGACAGACAGAAAUAUCCACUGUCCCAAUCAUCCAUCCAGGACAACGACACAGGGACAGACAGAGAGUUGUACCCACCGUCCAUUCAGGACAACGGAAUGAGGACAGACAGACAGACGUUCCCACCGUCCAUCAUCCAGGACAUUACAAUGAAGAACAACUGGGUGGCCAGGGAGGCCUUUGAGGACUUUAAGAGGCCAGGGGCUAGGGGGAUGAACACUUCAGAGUACGGCCUGGGGACCCAGUCCAAGAAGGAGUUCCUCAACAAGGCAGCAGACUUCAUCGAGGAGCUCUCCUCUCUGUUCAAGGCUAACAGCUCCAAAAGGAUACGGCCCAGAUCAUGCAAAACUCAUAGGAGCAGAGCCAACAAGGGUGAAGUGGAUGGGAGCGUUUACUCCCUGAAUGCAGACAACAGGGAACGAACCAUUCUUCUCCAAGACUUCGAAACGGAAAUGGAGAUGGAGAGGCCUACUAAUCCUUUCAGCAUUCAGCCAUCAGAAGUCCAGGGUUUGGGCAUGGAUCCAGGGUUUGGGCAUGCUUACAUCCCCAUGCAGGACUGGAGGACUACUGAGGAGCAGUAUGAUGAGGCUGAAAGCCCUGCCCUGGUGGAGAUCACCCCCGGGGUGUACACAGCCGACUCCAUCUGUGAGCCCCCUCACUUCAUCCAAAAACUGAAAAGCAGGGAGGUGCUGGAGGGCAGCAAGGUACAGCUGGACUGCAUUGUUCGAGGACUCCCCAUGCCCGAAGUCCGGUAAGGCUAACCAAACGGUCAACCUCACUGAAUGUUAGUGUCUAGGUAGCCAAAGUUUCAUAUCUUCUUAAUUUAAAGGAUAUCUUCCCUUUUUUUUUUUUUUUUUUUUUUUUACACAUACCUCGACUUUUAGACUUCGUCUGAAAGAAGUUUAUGGGGCAAAGAGAAACUGUCAUCCGUAGUUAAAAUGUAUUUAAAUAGCCACUGCUAACUUUAGCUAAUCCUAUCUAAAAGAGUUACAGUGGCUAAAGUCAGCUUAAAGGCCUGGUGUGUCAUGUUUUGUCUUAUAUUGUCUUGUCAUUUUGCUUUUCCUUCUGUUCGUUUUCCCCCUGCUGGUCUUUUUAGGUUCCUUCCCCUUUUUCU